GGUACUGCGGUUCCGGCAGCGGUCAACAUUACUUUCAAGGAUGUGCAAUUCGCGUAUCCUCACAGACCAGGCGCUCAGAUUCUAUCUGGUUUGAGCUUCGAGAUUGAGGCUGGUAAAACUGUGGCUUUGGUGGGCCCAAGCGGCGGAGGGAAAUCGACUGUGUUCGCCCUUCUGCAGCGAUUUUAUGACCCCACUGGUGGCGAGAUACUAGUUGAGCCUGCUCAGGCUCGUCUAGAAGAUAUGAAUGUUGGCUGGUGGCGAAGUCAGAUUGGGUUUGUAGCACAAGAGCCUGUUCUCUUCGACUUGAGCUUGGAAGAGAACGUUCGAUACGGGUCACCACCUGUUGGGCGCCCGGAGAUGCUCUCUAUUUGUGGUCGGGCUGGUAUGAAUGACUUUGCUGGUAACAAGGUGGCUUGGGAUGCCGGUUUGGGCCCUCGAGGUGGUCUACUAUCGGGAGGCCAGAAGCAGAGGGUGGCCAUUGCUAGGGCAUUGAUGCGGCAUCCGAGGUUACUCAUGCUCGACGAGGCGACCUCUGCAUUGGAUUCGGCAUCAGAAGCAGUAGUGCAGAAGGCUAUUGAUGAGCUGACUACGACGAGACAAUCCUCCACUGAUG